GGGCAUUUACAUGACAACACAUUUCUUCUCCUCUGGGGGCGCAUUUCCAUCCGCCUUCUCCAUCUCUAAAAUAAUCCGUUUGAAAACCUCCACUGCGGUCUGUAUCAUUGAAAAGAGCAAAGGAUUAUCAGGGAACUACCGGAAACUCCUGAGAAAUGUUGUCGUCAAAACCUGACAGAUGAAAUUUUGGAAAAGUCUCUCUUUAAAAGGCGGCCGAGGCUAAACGAAGAUAAUACGCCCAUGACUACAUCCCAUCUCUUUAAAUAAGAGGAAUCUACCUAGUAUGGACACUGAUGGCUGCAAUGGACAAUCUUUUACAUCAGCAGGUGGAGAUUCUUCAAUUGAAAGAGAUUUUUCUGAGGCACUUGGAGGUCCAACUGUGAGCACACCCAACAGCAAAGAACCCUCCCCUUCUCGGUCCCACAGUGCUAAAUCAAACUCAAUUAAGGUGGAAUUGUACAGUGAUGAAGAGCAGGGGCGCUUUACUGAGGAUGAGAGAGGAGAGAGAGUCGAGGAGGGUGGCAUAGAACCAGGGUCUGAAUCUGUUGGAAUCUACAGAGAACUUCCAAAUGCUGACACUGUACCGUCUGGAGCAAUUCGUUUGCCCAAUGGAAAACUCAAGUGUGAUAUUUGUGGCAUGAUCUGUAUUGGGCCUAAUGUCCUCAUGGUGCACAAACGCAGUCAUACGGGUGAGCGGCCUUUCCAGUGCAAUCAAUGUGGGGCUUCGUUUACACAAAAGGGCAAUCUUCUGCGUCACAUCAAGCUUCACUCUGGUGAAAAGCCUUUUAAAUGUCCUUUCUGUAGUUACGCCUGUCGAAGACGUGAUGCACUCACUGGACACCUUCGAACUCAUGCAGUGUCAUCCCCGUCUGUUGGGAAACCGUACAAAUGCAGCUAUUGUGGUCGAAGUUACAAACAGCAAAGUGCACUUGAGGAGCAUCAUGAACGCUGCCACAGCUAUUUACAAAGCAUGGACCCACAACAGACAACCAAGGCUCUGAAUCAAGGUGAAGAUGUUAAGGAUUUGGAAAUCAUCCCAGACUCUCUGCUGCAACCAUCGUCUGACAAAAUGGCUUUCAUCGAUCGUCUUGCCAACAGCAUCACCAAGCGAAAACGAUCCACACCACAAAAGUUUUUAGGACAGAAGCAGAUUCGCCUCAACUUCACAGACACACCUUAUGAGCUCGGUGCUGGUUUGGACAAAGAAGGUGAGAUACACACUGUGGACCUAGAAGUCCCACACUUCACAGGUGUGGGAGGAGAGUACAAAGGAGGCACAGGGCGACCUCUCCAUUUAUCCACCAAUCACCAACUCGCUGAGCUCAGACCCAUCCAUAGUACUGCUUCUUUAGCUUUGGGGCCCAGACUGGACUGCACUGGACUGGGAACGGUCAUUGAAACAGGUCGUGAGGGGGGAGAGGGUCACGAGGAUCUACCUGUCGCUCGAAGCCAUGCCCCAUCGCCUAGCAACGGUUGCCAGGACUCCACGGAUACCGAAAGCAUGCCGGAUGAACCAUGCAACAGCACUGCCUCGGCUUCACAGAACCACAACCUCCAUCAUCUCGUCCAUUUUAACCACAACCAAGUGUCGAAUCCUGUCAAACUUAUCCGCACCAAAGAGGAAGAUCGAGAAGAUAUCGGACAUGUUGCUCAAGCCGCUACCCAUGUCCCGACUUCUAGCUCGCCCACGACGCCCUCCUCCACUUCCAGGGAGACUUUUCGGGUUGUGGAUGGUGAAGGAAGAGCUGUAAAGUCUUUCCGUUGUGAUCAUUGCCGCGUGCUCUUCCUGGAUCACGUCAUGUUCACCAUCCAUAUGGGUUGCCAUGGUUUCAGGCAACCUUUCGAGUGUAACAUUUGUGGGCACCGCAGUCAAGACCGAUAUGAGUUUUCUUCACACAUCGUCCGCGGGGAGCACAUUGUCGACGGUUGAGGAGGAGGAGAGAGGUGACUAUCUAUAGAGUUAAAACGGAGCCGAAACCUGCCUAAGUUUGGUUUGCACAGGUAAAAGUGAAUGGCAUGCACUAUUUAUUGAAUAUGCACUGGCCAGUUUGUUAGGUACAGUUGUUUUAAUGCUUUUAAACAGUACCUUAACAUUAAAAAGGCUCCUCCAUUGGAUA